AUGCCGCCCGACACUAGUUAUGGCCCGAUAUUCUGGAGCGACGAUUUUGAACAGGACUUCCAUGGCAACGUUUCUAAUGCACAAGAGAAUUUCUACGAUGUAGUGGAUCACUUGUAUGAAAAUGAGAUCCGUGCAACUGCACUUUUUGCUGACAGACCCUAUGGCACAGGGAAUAACUCAUUUGGGAAUUUCGACUUCGACCCAAAGUUCUAUCCUACGCCUAAGAAGUUCGUCAAGAAUUUGACGGAUUAUGGAUAUGAUUUCCAGGCUUGGGUAGCAAACCGAGCGUUCUUAGAUACGGAGCUUUACAACACGUCUCAAAAGAAUGGCUGGCUUUUCCCCAACAUCACUGCGACUAAUAUCUCAGGUCCGGCAUUGAACUUGUCUAUCCCAGAGGCUUAUGAUUACUUUCUCGAGAAACUCACGAACUUCUCGAAGAUUGGUGUCAAGGGCUUCAAAAUUGAUCGGGGUGAGGAGCUUGAGAUGCCAGACAUAGAGCAGAAUGAGCAGAUGGUGUUGUUUGAAGAUUUGUGCUACAAGGCACUGGAGAAAGUCUGGGGCAAAGGCAACUUUUACAACUUUGCGCGCUCGGCAUUUGAUCGCUCACGGUCCAAGACUGCGGUAUGGAAUGGUGACUCCCAAGCCAACUUCACUGGCCUCCAAUACUCUGUCGCGAGCUCCAUCCGCGCCGGCUUGCUUGGCUUCUCACAAUGGGGCUCUGACACGGGCGGGUACCUACGAACGGCCACUACGCCGCCUGAAGAGCUCUGGGCUCGAUGGAUGCACUUUAGCACUUUCACGCCAAUGUACGAGCUCAUGUUGGGCACCAACCAUACACCGUGGUACGAUUACUCGCCACGGCUCGUUAAAGUGUUGAAAGAUACGGCGGAUCUUCACACGCAACUGAUUCCAUACAUCAAGAGCUAUACCUACCAGGCAACACAGACUGGACUUCCCGUUGUUCGGGCUCUAUUUCUUGAAUAUCCAACCGAUGAUUCUGUGUACCAGACGGCGGAUGAGUACUCAUUCGGAAAAGAGCUGCUUGUUGCGCCUAUUGUCACUGAGGGUGGCAGCCGCUCAGUGUACUUCCCCCAAGGUAAUGGGAAGUUCCUGGAGUAUUUCAACAAGACGGAUGUAUUCUCUGGCGGCGAGACCCACAAUGUCACUGAUCUCCCACUCGAGUAUGCACCGGUAUAUGUUCGCGAGGGUGCCAUUGUCCCGACUGGCGAUCUCUAUCAGGGCAAUGCGAAGUGGUCUAAGAAGUGGAAGCCGUCUCUCAACAUCGAGAUCUAUCCUAGCUUCAAUGUGUCCGUUUCUACAUUCGAGUAUUAUGGGUCCAACGGAACAAAUGCUACCGCGACGAUCACUGUCACGACGAACAAGCCAAAAGGGGGACUAACAAUUAUUUACGAUGACUUGGGUCUAGAUGCGACGGCGUUGGUGUUUACGAAGAAUGGAACGAAGAAGGUCGACCUUCCUCAAGGGGGCAAUGGGGCAGUGGCGAAGCUCAAGGCGUUUGAAAGUCUUUUUGCUUAG